UUCACCUUGUAGUGAGAAGGGGAACCUGGCAAAACUCCGCGGAUAAUAAUUGCUAUACACGUGUAUAUCGAUAUGAAUUUCCACCAGUUAAGACGCAUUUUAGUAAAGACAGGCUGCAGGGUACGAUUCCUAGGAGGAUCUCGCCCACGAACACUGAACGACGGUUACGCCUUCAGGCUCUCACAGCGGUAUUCAGCGUUAUCUCAUUCGGCGCGCUCGUCCUUGUCGUCAAGACAACAUGCUACUUGGGAAACGACUAAUGUUAAUACUAGCGGUAUUCUGUCGGAAAACGUCAAAGGGAUAUGUUUCACUGCGACCCGACGGUACUCCACAGAACUUCCCGUCGAUGACGUCAACAUUGACGUCACGCAGUUGCAAUCGGCCAUGCAGAAGGAGAAUCCGUAUCUCAUAGACAUCCGGGAACCCCAAGAGCUUGUUGAGAGCGGAGGUAUCCCUGAGGCACUAAACAUACCAUUAGGGGAACUAGAGUCUGCUCUCGAGAUGGCGCCUCAUGCUUACAAGAGCUUGUAUGGAAGAGAAAAACCGGAUGCAAACAAGACGACGCUUAUACUUUUCUGCGCUCGGGGCAAUCGGAGCUACCGGGCGGUGAUGAUGACACGAGAACUCGGAUUUAAGAGGAGCUGGCAUUUAGUAAAAGGAUUCAACUACUGGAAGGAAUGUCAGGGUAUGGAUUGAAAGCGUUACCAUGACUACCAUAUAUUCUUUGGUAUAUGAGCCAAGGCCGAAGAAUCUCAAAUCUCGAAUCUCAGCCAUGACAAGGAUCAAUGUGUUCUACAUAAACCUUUCUAUAUGA